UCUCCGAUCAAUGAAUCCGUAGUACGGGAGUGUGUAAACUAGUGUAUUGUGAAAUUAUGACUUGUAAAUGAAUAAAAGGCUUAUUAAAGGGCCAUGGGUAAAGACCAGGAACUGUUGGAGGCUGCUCGAAAGGGCAACGUCGCGGUUGUCGAAAAGAUUUUAGGCCAAAGGGCGAAAAGGAGUGGUCCUCUUGCAAGCCUUCGGAGGGGCCCAGGAGCAAACGUUCAGGAUAGCAGUGGAUAUUCGGCUCUACAUCAUGCAUCCUUGAAUGGACACAGAGCGAUCGUGAAACUGCUCCUGGAACACGAUGCUUCAACUAAUAUCGUUGACAGCAAAGGUUCAUCCCCUUUACAUCUGGCAGCUUGGUCUGGAAACGUAGACAUUGUUAAGCUGAUACUAUCCGGGCCAUCUAUGUGCAAUGUUAAUUUAACUACCAAAGACGACGAAACUGCACUCCACUGCGCUGCCCAGUAUGGCCAUACACAAGUUGUUAGUCUCUUACUCGAACGGGCGUGUGAUCCGGGCAUUAGGAACUGUCGAGGAGAAUCCGCUCUGGACCUUGCAGCGCAAUAUGGACGACUCGACACCGUAGAGUUGCUGGUUAGGACUGAUCCAUCUUUAAUACAGUGUUUGAGAAGGACUACUCCAGACACCGUAUUUCCACAUACUCCGUUACAUCUUGCAAGUAGAAAUGGGCACAAGGCCGUAGUGGAAGUUCUCCUUAAAGCUGGCUUUAGCGUUAACAUGCGGACGAAAGCAGGGACAGCGUUGCACGAAGCUGCUUUGUGCGGGAAAGUAGAGGUUGUAAGAACUUUGCUCGAACAUGGAGUCAACACUUCCAUCAGAGAUUCCAAUAACUACACAGUGAUGGACCUUCUUAGUCAGUUCAAUACGGCACAGGCGUCGCAGGAGAUCAUGCAUAUUUUGAAACGUCACAAACGGGGUUUACCUUUAGUCGAUAGCGAUGGUGAGAGUGUCAGUCAACCUUUUCCAACAGUGCCAAAUACUGAUUCUGAUUUAGGUAGCCCCUAUGAAAACGUGAGACCUUCAUCCAAAAACGCGAGGUCGGUGACUACUGACCCUUCGCCCGGCACGUCGCCCCAAAGGUGGGGCGACUUCCUUCAAAGGCACGCGCGACCCCCGGAAGCCUUCGAUGACAGGAGGGUUUCGGGUGUCUCGGGAAUUUCUAUCAUGAACAACCGAAAUGCACCGUCACGAGAUGUAAAUGAAAACGAGGAUGCAUACGUACCGAUGACAAACUUAAAAAUGCGCAACUCAAAACCUUACCAGAGCCUGCCGAUCAUGAAGCGCACGAAACCAAGAGCGAUUUUAGAUGUUUGUCCUUUGGAUGGCAUAACUUUUAAUUUUAAAGAACAGCUAGAUCUACGAAAAGUCAGCAUGGCAUCAACCACAUCCUACCAGUCGGCAACCUCUUGCGGGUUCCAUAGUAAUUCUGAUUCUUCUAGGGAGUCGGAUAACAGUCUCUACCAGAUUCCUUGCGUACCCAAGCAGUUCAUGGACUCCAGUGCGCACUCUGAGGAUCUGAACUACCUGAGUGCUAGCAGGGAGUCUGAUCAGAUCAGCUUGUCUUCAACGGCGUCUAGUUGCGGGUACUACUAUCCUAAGAGGCCGGAUAGCGGGGGUAUUCCCCUAUACAUUCCUAUGAAUAAGGGUGGUGGAUAUAGUCCAGGAUCUAACAACAAAGUUUCGCCUACUCCCCCAAAAAAGCCUCCACGCAGGAACAUAUCAAUUUCACCGACACACGCGCAGCCUAUGUCAAUGUCCGUAGAUGGAGUGAGCAACAAUGCGUACGAGUACCUCUUUUUGGCACAUAGCGGUACGAGAAGUCAAGGAAAUUUGAACGAUUUCGACAAGGAAAACAGAAGAGAUAGGCUAGGCCAUGGAAGGAGUAUGGAUCAGUACGUUGAAAUGAAUGUGUUUAAUAUCGCUUUGGAUGAUGAACCAGAGAGGCCGAGGAGUGAACUUCAACGCGGUAAGAGUGAAGAUUUGGACAGCAGAAAAAAACCCGAACCAAUUGCAAUAACCUCAAUGUACGAAAAUAUGAUCAUUAAGCAACAGAAUCCUCGAAGAAAACUCAGAAGACAUCCCGAAGUCUACGAAGAUUACGACUACCGAAGAAAGCACAAAGACAAAGAUGAACCGGUCGCAAGUUCUUCUGCUCCGGAAACAACUUUCGUCUCAAACGCCUUCAUCAUGAUCUCCGACGAUAAUAACGGAUCGUCGAAAAACGUUUUGAAUUCGGUGAGGUCUGAAAAGAAAAUGUUAAGGACCGAUUACCCAUUGAGCCCUACACAUUAUAAUCAGCCUCCGACGCCUGAUCAUCCCCCUCCGUCUGCGAUGCAGGCUGAAAGUAUUAUUUAUGAAAAAAUUCGUCCUCUAAGUCAGCAGAAAAAAUGCUCGGAGGUUGUAAAAAGGCAUGCUAAUCUGAACACUCUGAACUUUAUCAUUUAUAAAAAACAACCUUCAUGGAUCCACCAGGAGUACAAGAGAAGAUCCAAAGAUAUGGAAACUGAGACCGAAGAUGAAUAUCUUCUGAUCUACGAUGGCUCUAGCGGGAGCUUUUCAAGCAGCGUGUCCUUGUCUGAUAGAAGUGUUGAUAAUAUUUUGGAAGAAUAUAAUUCAGAUGUUCCUUUUGCAGGUUUAAUAAAAGGCGCCGCCGCUAAUGUUCUAGAAAACAUCAACCCCAAUACUCCCGCCGAACGUCCGAAGACCCUGAAAAAACUCAAACGAUUCUACGACAGCACGAAUGGUGAUGGAAUUAGAAGCGACAAUGAAAAAUCGUCUAGUUCCGAGAAAGAAUUCGAUAACAAAGAAAAUAAAGAAAAUAAGGAAUACAAAGAUCGUGUAUCCGCCUUGAGCCCUUUCGACGAACAGGAGGAAUGGGCGAAAAUCCAGGAGAUAAUGGCCUCUUUUGGCACGGGCAUCGUCAGGGAAUCGGUUUUUGUGGCCGAAUUGGAGAAGGAGUUCCAAAGUCGAUUAAUGACAAUAAGUUGUUCGCAACACAGUUUGGCUAACUCCUCGGAGACCAGUGGGGUUAGAACGGUGGAAAAGUGGUUGCAAGGAUUGGGAAUGGGGGAUUACGCGGGCUUGUUCAUGAGCAAUGGAUUCGACGAUCUCAAUUUCUUGAAUGGCGUUAUCGAAGAAAGCGACAUUAAAGAAAUGGGCGUCACAAGCGAACUCGAACGCCAAAUCUUACUCGACUCAAUCAAGGAACUGCCCCCAAAAAUUACCGACAAUUUCAUAAACGUCUGUAAUAACAAUAACGAACAAAAUUCCGUAAAGAGUUGGUUAACUAGGAUCAAUUUGGAACAGUAUUACGAAACGUUUGUUAAGCAUUUGUAUCACGAUAUGGAGCGGGUUAAGAGAAUAUGGGACGUGGAAUUGUCGGCAGUAUUGGAUAUUGAAAAGAUUGGACACAGGAAGAGGAUUUUGACGAGUGUCAGUAGCGGCGAACAUAUUGUUUCUGGGCCCAAGUUGGAAGCUAUCGGUGAUUUUGGUUCGUUGAAAAAUACUCAACCUCUACCGGAACUCCCUUCUCCUUCAACCAUUUCGGUGAAUAGCAAUACCGGAACCAUAAGACAUAGACAUAAAAAAUCUCGGCCUGCUCCCCCACCACCCGUCAAAAAGGAACCAGAAAAGAAAUCUCCUACUGAGAUCUCUGUAGGCGGAAGUAAUUCCAUCAAGUCUCAGUGGAGGCAUCAACCAAUAUUGUUGAUAACGGGAUGUGUCAAAUAUAAUGCUAAUUAUUUAGGUUCAACUCUUAUUAAGGAAUUCAAAGGUAUUGAAUCGACAAAGAAAUCUAUUCAAACUGUGAUAAAAUCCAAAGAUCAUCCUAGCGAAGAAAUUUGUCUUUCAGUGUCGUACAAAGGUGUUAAAUUUAUCAAUCCAAUAGCGCAGAAAAUAAUUUGUGAACAUGAAAUUAAAAAUAUGAACUGCGUUUGCCAGGAUAUGGAGAGCCAAGCCUAUUUUGCGUAUAUUACAAAAGACGGCGAGUCUUUUUAUUGCCACGUCUUUCAAGGGUUCUCUUCGGAACAAGCCAUAGAUAUAAUCCUCACUCUAGGCCAAGCCUUUGAACUGGCUUACCAAAUGGCAGUUAGGGAUCAAGUUACUAGCAAAAGUAGGUCCCAUAAGGACAUCUAUAAGCCAGCGGUAAGUCCCGGAUCAGUUUCUUCCAACAGCAGGGAUUUCAAAGACGCCAGUACCCGCAAUGCUGACGUCAAACUAAACGGUCACCCGUUGAAGAUGAUGCCGUUGACAUUGUCAAUAGCAUCUGAACCUGGAGGUGAUGCCAAUUCUGGAAGUGCUAAGAAUGCGGAACAUUAAACGCCUGCUGUAGAUAAAGCUCUACAACACGUCGAAGGAAAUUAGGUGAGUGAAAGUUUUUAAUGGUUGUGGAACAUUGAGUGAGGUACAUGGUACAUGAACUAUUUUAUUGUCAAGAAAAAUUUGGUUAAUGUAGCUAUCAAAGUUGAAAUAUUUAGAUUGAGAAAUGAAACAUUGGGCAAUGUUAAGACUUCAUAUUGAUUAUAAAAUUGACAACAUAAUUAUACAAAUUUUCAAAUUCAAAUCAUUAUUAACGAGCAUAACGUUAUGGCUUUGCAAGAGAAAAAAUAUGAAGCGAUAAACAUAUGUUUAAACCUAAUCCAAACAGUUUACUAAAAAAGAUAACUUGAUUAAUUUUAAAAGACUAAUUCAACUUUGAUAAUAUGAUUAUUAAAUAAUAUUAUUGUUAAAUUAUGUUCUGAAAACAAUGAAAAUUUUAUUUCAGCCUAAAAAAAUUAUACCGGAACUGGUUUUAAUAACAUUAUGGUAUUUUAAUAAGUGAAAUAAACUAAAACAAAUAACCAUUUAAAACAUGGACCACUUGAAUGGUAUCCGCAUCUCACGUGAACUGCUGGCAAAGCAAGAAAUUUAAUGAAAAUGUCCGUUCUUAGUGAUUGUUUUACCAGUUCUGUUUAAUCAGUGAUUUUGGUUACCACUGAAGUUAUUAAUUUUUACCAAUAACUUAAAUAAAAAUUAUAAUUUCCUAGAACGAUUGACUAUACGGCAGUGGCGGUUCGUCGUUAAAGAUAUUGAGCGUUCCGCAAGAUACUGCCUUCACCUCCUAAAAAAAUUCUAUUCGGCGGUCCAUUUUAGCAGCAAACGUAUACUCAUACGCGUAUUUAAAACAUCAUUUUCCGUUUAACUUAUAAACUACAUCCAUGUCUUUCAUGUAUAAUGGAAACGCGCGCUGGCGCAUUAAUACAAACUAAUAAUCUACAAAACCGAAAUCGAAUCACAUCACUUAUGCGACAGACUAUAAACAAAGCUCACCGGUCUGGCAAAAAUGCAGAUCAAAAGCUACGUGUCUUGGCGUUAAUUUUUAGAGAGCCGCGGAGAGGUGAGACGAUGAGCGCGGGCGGCCGAAGCGGUGCACAGACCGUCUGGAAGCGA